AUGUCGUCUCGUGUUGAAACAUAUCUUAAUGAACGUAAAUCAGUCGGUGGUUCAUUAGCUAAUGAAUGGCUUGAAUUUGAUUCUCUCUAUCAAAGUCGUUUAUGGCAUGAAUUAACAUUACGUAUUACAUCAUUUGUUCAUCGUGAGGAAUUACAACAAGGUGAUCAAUUAAUAAAAUUUUAUGAAAAUUUUCUAUCUGAUUUCGAACAUCGUAUUAAUCAAUUAGCUUUAGUUGAAAUAAUUAUACCUAUAACACGUACAUUUAAACAAGUUGAUCAAGCUAUACAAUUUAUUCAACAAAUACGUGAAAAAGUUAAAGCAAAUUCUUUAGCUGUUUUAUUGUGUGAUAUAACAAUUGGAAAAGCAUAUUUAGUAACAAAAAAUUUAUUAGAAGCAAAGAAAAUUAUUGAAGAUUUAGCACCAAAAUUUGAUGAACUUGAUCAUUUAACAACAGUUCAUUCAAGAUUUUAUGAUUUAGCAUCAAAUUAUUAUCGUGUUAUGGGUAAUCAUAGUGAAUAUUAUCAAAAUGCACUUAAAUAUCUCGGCUGUAUUGAUAAUUCAUCAAUUCCAAUAAAAGAAAAAGCUGAACGUGCAUUUAAUCUUGGUUUAGCUGCAUUAUUAGCUGAAAAUGUUUAUAAUUUUGGUGAAAUUCUUCAACACCCUGUACUUGAUGCACUUAAAGAUACACGUGAACAAUGGUUAAUUGAUUUAUUACAAGCAUUCAAUAUAGGUGAUGUCGAAAAAUAUGAAGCAUUAAAACCAGUUUGGCAAGUUCAACCAGAUUUACGUAUGGCUGAAACAAUAUUAAACAAAAAAAUCACAUUACUUUGUCUUAUGGAUAUGAUAUUUGCUGCGGGUGGUACACGUGCAUUAAGUUUUAAUGAUGUUGCUACAAGAACCAAAUUACCUCUUGAUCAAAUUGAAUUAUUAGCAAUGCAUGCUUUAUCAUUAGGUUUAGUUCGUGGAAGUAUUGAUCAAGUUGAUGAAAAAUUGAAUAUGCAUUGGGUUAAACCACGUGUUUUAGAUUUACGACAAGUUGCAACAUUAAAAAAACGAUUAGAUCAAUGGACAAAUGAUGUUAAACAAAUGUCAACAUUGGUUGAACAACAAGCCGGUGAUAUACUUUCUUAA